AUGACUGUGGAAUUAAAUGUUUUCCGGGUUAUCCAACAACAUAUGGAUUUUGAUGAUGAUGAAUUGCAUGAGUACAUUAGUGAGGUUCACUCUUUGCUUGAAUCUGUACCACCCAUGGAUAUUGCUAAAUGGCAGAAUGCAAUGGAACCACUUCCACUAUCUGAUUCCGAAUCUUCCCCAAUUCCUGAUGAACCACCUAAGCUUGAUUUGAAACCAUUGCCUGAUACUUUGAAAUAUGCUUUCUUAGGUAUCAUAUACCCAAUUCUAGAUAUCCAAUGGGUCAAUCCCAUUCAAGUUGCGCCCAAAAAGUCUGGUAUUACUGCAGUUCAGAAUGAAAUGAAUGAGCUAGUCCCCACUCGUGUAACCACGGGAUGGCGAGUUUGUAUUGACUAUAGGAAUCUGAACACAGUAACAAAGAAAGACCAUUUUCCUCUUCCCUUCAUUGACCAAAUGCUAAAAAGGUUGUCAAGACAUAGUCACUAUUGUUUCUUAGAUGGCUAUUCGGGUUAUAACCAGAUUCAUAUAGCACCCAAGGAACAACCAAAUACCACAUUUACCUGUCCUUAUGGAGCUGUUUUAGGUCAGCGAGUAGACAAACUUCCUUAUGUGAUCUACUAUGCUAGUAAGACACUUAAUUAUGCUCAACUGAAUUAUUCCACCACUGAGAAAGAAUUACUAGCUGUUGUGUUUGCAUUGGAUAACUUUAGAUCUUAUUUGAUAGGAUCUAAAGUCAUCAUAUAUUCUGACCAUGCUGCAUUGAAAUAUCUUCUGUCUAAGAAAGAUGUUAAGAACUGCAUACAAAACUCCCAUUGGCAUGUCCCCUUACAGACUAGUGGUAAAGCUUGUCAUCUACCUGUUGAGUUAGAACAUCGUGCAUAUUGGGCUGUCAAGAAGUUGAACUUUGAUCUUGAUAAGGCUGGUACCCAAAGGAAACUUCAACUCAGUGAGUUAGAAGAAAUAAGAAAUGAUGCUUAUGGUAGUGCCAAGAUGUAUAAACAUAAGAUGAAAGUGUUUCAUGACAAGCGCAUUCUGCGCAAGUCUUUCACACCUGGUCAAAAGGUUUCAUUGUACAACACUCGUCUGCAUAUCUUUCCAGGUAAGUUACGUUAUCGAUGGCACGGACCAUUCGUGGUACGUACUGUUUUCCCUCAUGGAGCUGUAGAACUUGAAAAUCCAGCAACCAAGAUCAUCUUCAAGGUCAAUGGUCAGAGAUUGAAACACUUUCUGGAACCACUUCCACCAGAUGAGACCAUGGACUUGGAAGACCCUAUUUAUGUGGACUAA